GGGUAUUGGGGCUUUUACUACUAAAUUUUCACAUUCUUUGUGCUUGUGAAAUUAAACGUCAAAAUGUAUGAAAUUCAUAACCUCAAAACUUCGUUCCUUCUCCGUUUCCAAUCUCUUGUUUACAAGAAUAUAAAUUUUUGUUUUUAAUAAUUUAAUUAACUCACUCUCAUAAAAUAAUUCGUUAUCAUAAAUAAAUAAUAACUACAAAACAGCAUAAAAAUGCUGCUCAUACGAUAAGUGCUCAGUAAAUGAUGGAAAUAACUAAAAAAUGUGCAAAGACUCAUAGACGUAGAAAGAGGUUACUUAAAAAUCGUCGUAAAAACAGAAACAAGUAUUACAGUAAAUUUAAAUUAAAAAAUAAUUAUAACAAACUAUUUAAUAAUUAUAUUAUCAGUGAUGAUCCAUUGUCUACAAAUAAUAAAAAUAUAAUGGAUUUCAAAGUACCUGACUCGUUUUGGGACACUUAUAAAUUUGCUCAAGAUUGGCAACACAAGCAUCAAGUUAAUUGGUGGAAGUCCAAAUGUAUCGCAUUAGAGCAUGAAAAUAAUUUGUUACGUGAUAAAAUACGUGAAUUAGUUGGUUAUUAUAAUAAUAAUAAUGCUAAUAUUUAUGUAAAUAAACAACAAAGUAAUUCAAGUUAUGAUAAACAAAAAAAUUUUCACAAUAAAGAAUUAUAUUCAUCAAAAGAAAAUGCAGAUAAUUCUAAUGAUCAGAAUCAGUAUAAAGAUUUUAAAAGAUUCGAAUUAGAGUUGAAUGGUCAAGAAUGUCAACAUUCAUCGAAUAGUUAUCAGUAUGGUCAAUAUCAAUACCAAGAUUCAAAUCAAUUCAAUAAUUCUACUGUUCAGUAUGCAGAAGAAGAAAAAGAAAAAGAAGAGGAAGUUGAAGAAGAAUUUGGAGAGGAAGAUGAACUAGAGUUCCAAGUUGAUGAAGGUAUGAUGAAGUUUCUUGAGCAAAGUAUUCGGCACAAAAUGGAACUAAAACGCAAGCGAGAGCUAGCCGCAGAGGAAGCCAAGAAUGACGAGGUUGAAAUAGUUUCCCAUGAAAAUGAUGACAAGAUACGUUUAGAAGAAGCUAAACUCCUGUAUGGACAGGGUUGUUCACGGAUCAUUGCUCUGGAAACAACAAUGCAGGUGUCUAUUGAUCAGUAUAAAUCUAAAGAAGAGCCGGAGUACUGGCCCAUUAUACCUCUUAAGCCGUAAUAAAUUAGCAUUCUCAAGAUACAAAAUCAAAAAAAUGUCGAAAAUAAUUUUAUUAUUAUCAAUUUUCGUAUUGAUUGGUCUCUACGCUGGUACAGAUGCAGCAUGUCCAGGCCGUUGGUGCCAUCCAUCCGAAGGUUAUCACUGUUGUGAAGGAUAUGUGUGCAAUGCGUAUUAUUUCCAAGGUACGUGCAUAACUAAGUCAACGGUCGAUGCAUUAAUUGCUGUAGGAAAAUAAUUAUAACAAUACAGCAAAAAUUUAAAGAUGUAUUUUUCCAAUCAAUAAAACUCUCAAUACAC